AUGGGGCGCGCGCGGCAGCUGAGAGCGGUCGCGGGGGGACGGCGGCGGCCUCGCGGGCCUCCGGCACCGUCCCCGGGACCGGGAGCCGCCCCCGCGCCGCUCCGGGUGCGGGUGGAGCUGUCAGAUGGAGCCAAGUUGAAAGGUGUCGAUGAGAGCAACGCCCUGGUCCUGCCGGGGAAGAGGACCAAGGGAAAGCGAGCGAGGGAGGAGGCGGCGGUGCAAAGGCCACCGCUCAGCAAGAAGCGCAGGAAACAGUUGCAGAAAGUACUGGAGCUGAAAGAAAAGAAAACCCAGAGAGCCGAUAUUCUGAGUAAACUCACGGAAUGCCAGGCCACCGAGUCGGAAAUGAAGCUUCUGUUCACCACCUCCAAGCUGGGCACAGGGCAGCGGCUGUACCAGACUAAGCUGUGUGAAGCCGAGCCUGACGGCCCCUGUAAGAUCAGCAGUAUCAGUGGAGCCAACAGGCGGAGCGGGGGGUCAGAGGCGGGGGAGGAGCUAGAGUCCGAGACGAGCGAAUCUUCCGAGAGCUCGAGUGAGGAGGAGGAAGAGCGAGUGGACGAAACGGAAACAGUGACAGAGACGGGUGAUACAACGGCAGGAUCUGAGCCACCGGUCGAAACCGGUAACCAGGCACAGAGCGCGUCGAACACAGCGGCAGCCGAGGCCCCCGCCGCCCCUGGGAAAAUCCCGGAGCCAAAGCCACCCUCGCAGCCGGCCAUUUUCAUCCCCGUGGACAGGAGCCCGGAAAUCCAGGAAGCUCGGCUGCUGCUGCCGAUCCUAGCGGAGGAGCAGGUGGUGAUGGAGGCCGUGACGCACAACCGCGUGGUGGUGAUCAGCGGCGAGACCGGCAGCGGCAAAACCACCCAGGUGCCGCAGUUCCUGUACGAGGCUGGUUACGCCAGCGGUGACGGGAUCAUCGGGGUGACGGAGCCCAGGAGAGUGGCCGCCGUCAGCAUGUCCCAGCGCGUGGCCAAGGAAAUGAACCUCUCAGACAGGGUGGUCUCGUACCAGAUUCGAUACGAAGGCAACACGACCGAAAACACGAAAAUAAAGUUCAUGACGGACGGCGUGCUGCUGAAGGAAAUCCAGAGGGACUUCCUGCUUACAAAGUACAAAGUGAUCAUCAUCGACGAGGCUCACGAGAGGAGUGUGUACACGGACAUCCUGAUUGGGCUGCUGUCUCGCAUCGUUCCUCUACGGGCAAAGAGAGGCCGGCCGCUCAAGCUGAUUAUCAUGUCCGCCACGCUGCGAGUGGAAGACUUCACAGCCAACGAGAGCCUGUUUCCUGCUCGUCCCCCCGUCAUCGAGGUGGGCACCAGGCAGUUUGCCGUCACCGUUCACUUCAACAAACGCACGCCACUCGACGACUACGCGGGCGAGGCUUUCAGGAAAAUUUGCAAAAUCCAUCGCAUGUUACCUCCGGGUGGGAUCCUAGUGUUCCUGACAGGACAGGCUGAGGUGCACUCCCUGUGUAGGAGGCUGCGGAGAUCCUUCCCACACCGUCCUGGCCACAGCGGCAAAGAAAAGGACCAGGCUGAAGAUGAGACGAAAGAAAUGAAAAGAUUUAAAAAAGCAAAAGCCAAAGCUGUGACUUUGCCGAGGAUCGACCUCGCCAAUUAUUCUUCGGUGCCGCUGGAGGAGGAAGAGGCUGAAGAUCGGGAGGCAGGGAGCGAUGGUGAUGGGGAGGCCGGCUCUGACGCUGACCUGGACCUGGGAGAUGGUGACGGUGCUGAGGCUGCAGAGACGCCUGAUCCGUCUAUUCCCCUCUACGUUCUUCCUCUAUAUUCAAUGCUGUCUGCAGAGAAUCAAGCAAAGGUUUUCCGGCCGGCGCCGGGCGGCACCCGGCUGUGUGUGGUGGCCACCAACGUGGCGGAGACCUCGCUGACCAUCCCCGGCAUCAAGUACGUGGUGGACUGCGGGAAAUCCAAGAGACGCUUCUACGAUCAGCUCACAGGAGUCUCGACAUUCCGGGUCACCUGGAUCUCACAGGCCUCGGCUAACCAGAGAGCGGGGCGCGCAGGACGCACAGAGCCAGGCCACUGUUACAGGCUCUACUCUUCUGCUGUCUUUGCCGACUUCGAGGAAUUCUCUCCAGCGGAGAUCACCCGGAGGCCCGUGGACGACCUGGUUCUGCAGAUGAAAGACCUGAACAUUGAAAAGGUGGUAAACUUCCCAUUCCCGACCCCCCCGUCCCGGGAGUCGCUGGUGUCCGCGGAGGAGCUGCUCAUUUCCCUGGGAGCGCUGGUGGAGCCGCUGCAAACCGGGAGGUACAAAGAGUUGGAGAGGGCGAAGCUGAGCUGCCCCAUUUCCCCGCUCGGCAGAGCCAUGGCCUCCUUCCCGGUGGCACCACGAUACGCCAAGAUGCUGGCACUGAGCCGUCAGCACGAUUGCAUGCAGUACGCCAUCACACUGGUGUCUGCACUCACCGUGCGAGAGCUGUUCGAGGAGUUUAACAGGCCAGCGGUCAACGAGGAGGAGACACAGAAGCUUAAGGGGAAGAGAGCUCGCGUGGCACAAAUGCAGCGGAUUUGGGCGGGGCAGGGUGUGUCGCUGAAGCUGGGAGACCUCAUGGUUGUGCUGGGGGCCGUGGGAGCCUGUGAGUUCGCGGGCUGCACCCUCCACUUCUGCACCCAGAACGGCCUCCGAUACAAAGCCAUGCUGGAGAUCCGCCGGCUGCGAGCACAGCUGACCAACGCCACCAAUGCCAUUUACCCGGAGGCGGGGCUGUUUGUCGACCCCAAAAUGAAGCCCCCCCUGGAGUCGCAGGUGACGAUGCUGAGACAGAUGGUGUUGGCGGGGCUGGGAGAUCAGGUCGCCAGGAGGCUGCCCCCGGGGGAGGUGCUGGAGGACAAGUGGAGAAACGCUUACAAGACUCCGCUUCUGGAUGAUCCGGUGUUUAUCCACCCCAGCUCCGUGCUGUUCAAGCAGCUGCCGGAGUUUGUGGUUUACCAGGAGAUCGUGGAGACCUCCAAGAUGUACAUGAAAGGACUGACGGAGAUCGAGGCAGAGUGGAUUCCCCUCCUGCUGCCCCGGUACACUCACUUUGAGAAGCCGCUGGAGACGCCCCCCCCAAGUUACUGCCCUGACACUGGCCGGGUCAGGUGUCACCGAGCCAGCACCUUCUACCGAGUGGGCUGGCAGCUGCCGGCGGUGGAAAUGGACUAUCCAGAAGGGCUGGACAGAUUCAAACACUUUGCCAAGUUUUUACUGGAAGGAAAGGUCAUUAAGAAGUUUGCUUCGUACACCAGCUGUCUGCUCUCCAGCCCGGCAGUCCUGUUGAAGACCUGGGCCAAGCUUCAGCCCAGGACGGACAUAUUGCUACAAGCUUUGGCCUCGGAGGGCGUGGACUGCCGGGAAGCCCUGCUCACCACCUGGAAGAAAAGUAACCAAUACCUGUUGUCCGCCUACUGCCAGUGGCUGCCUGAAGCAAUGCACGCCGAUAUCGCAAAGAAUUGGCCUCCCACGGACAUUUAGUGUGGACUAUGUGCAGAGGAAUUGUACCGUUGGCUCUGCAGUGUGGACUUGUUGCUUGCUCUCUGUGUGGUGAAUCGAUGCAGUGUGGAGACCACCCAGUGAUGCUUCGUGCAAGGAUAAACCGGAAAAGGAAACACAGAUAAACAGGAAAAGCCCAUUUGACGAUUGGGACCGGAGGAGAAGGUGGAAGUGCAAGAGAACACUUUUCCCAGAGAGUUGCAUUGGAUUAUUAACAAUACCUCAUUAACCUGCAGCAGAGAGCUGUGCUGUUUGAUAAGGCAGUGAUGCUUCGCCGCAUUUCACUGAAAUUGUAAUCUCAAUACAUCGGGAAAGUUGUGUUUUUUUUAAAAAUCUGUAUCUUUGUUAAGACGGGUGGUCUUUAUAAGACCGGUUAAAGAACUGUCCUGAACAAGGAGGCAAAACCUUUAUAAAAUACUGUUCUGUUUAAAACACAA